GUGUGCGCUGUCACGGAUCACAUGACGCAGAAUAUGGCCUCCUGACUUGACUCCGUCCUCUUGACAGUCGACAGCUGUGUCUUCUAGCUCUGUAUCCACCGAAAAACUCCCGUUAAUCAAACACCGAAUCUAGCACUCCAGACCCCCCCGAGCUACGGCCACACCGAAUAACGGACCAUGGCGGACCAAGCAUAUGUGACGCUGGCCACAAAUGACAACUAUGCCAAAGGAGCGAUGGUUCUGGGAAGGUCGCUACGCAACCAUAACACAACCAAACAACUGGUGGUUCUGAUUGGACCUCACGUAGCAGAGCCCUGCAGGGCCAUGCUGAGUAGCAUCUAUGACGAGGUGUGUGUGGUGGAUAUCUUGGACUCUGGGGACACGGCCCACCUGGCCCUGAUGAAGAGACCAGACCUCGGAGUGACCUUCACCAAGCUGCACUGCUGGACACUCACACACUACACCAAGUGUGUGUUUAUGGACGCAGACACACUGGUGUUGUCCAACAUUGAUGAGCUGUUUGAGAGGGAGGAGUUAUCUGCUGCGCCUGAUCCUGGUUGGCCAGACUGUUUCAACUCAGGCGUGUUCGUCUUUAAACCGUCCAAUGAAACAUACCGCAGCCUUAUGACACACUGCACUGAGAACGGCAGCUUUGACGGUGGGGACCAAGGAGUUCUGAACAGUUUCUUCAAUACCUGGUCAACAGCAGACAUUUCCAAACACCUGCCUUUUAUCUACAACCUCAGCAGCACCGCUAUAUACACCUAUCUACCAGCCUUCAAACAGUACGGUCAUGAGGCUAAGGUGGUCCACUUCCUGGGGAAGGUGAAGCCAUGGAGCUACUCCUAUGACACCCAGACUGGGAAGGUCAAAGGUCACACCCUGACCCCUGGCUCUGGUGACCUGCACCCUGACUUCCUGGUUCAGUGGUGGAACCUCUACUCCUCAGGGGUCCUACCUGCUCUCAGAGACUCAUAUGGAGACGCACUGUUCUGCUCCGGCUGCACUGAGGAGGAGGUCUGUGACAGUGUGGUUGAGAUCAUCCUCCCCCCGCCUCCCUCUAAGGCGCCACAGGUGUCCAGUGAGGAGAGGAGGCAGCGAUGGGAGGCGGGCCUGGCGGACUACAUGGGAGCCGACUCCUUCGAAAGCAUCCAGAGGAAACUAGACUGCUUCCUCAAGUAGAGGGACAGAGGAGGGAUGACGGAUGGAAAGGGCAUCUAUUGGCAGGCAUGAGAUGUGUCAGUCAGGGUGGGGAUAAACAGGCAUUCGACCAAUCAGAAGAGAAAGCGGUAGAGCAUGGCGUAUUGAAAAACAGUCCCAUCCUGGGCCUCUCUCUCUCUCUCUCUCUCUCUGUUUUUCUCUCUCGGUAUGUGUGUGUGUGUGCGCAUGUGUGUGUGUGUGUGCGCAUGUGUGUGCGUGCGUGUGUUUGUGUGUUCGCGUGUGGCCUGGUCCUGCAGAAAUAACCCCUGCAGAGACUGGUCCAUUCAGUGUUUGAACACCCGUUUACUACACUAUGCAGCCCCCAUACCCCCACCUCAGCGCAGAAGCCUUGGUCAGUAAGUAAUGACUCAGUAAUAACCUCACAUAACCUCACUAUGAGGGAUUUCCCUCUAUAAAAUGGAAGAACUGUUAUUUUGUUUAUUAAGGUUUGCAUCCCAGUGGUUAUUUUUGCUCUCCAUAUGCGUGUUGUGCAUGGUUGUUUCUUUAUAUUAUGAAUAUUGUGAAGGAAGCCUGUUUCUAAAGUGGAAAACCCACUGUAGCACUUGUCAUUUCGCCAUGUCCUGUUUGUUGUCAUCUCUUCCUGAGGGGUUUCAUCACUUCCUGUGUAGUCUGACCAGUUGCCUUACCACCGUCAAAGACUCUUAUUUCACAACUAGGCCUAUUCUAGUUGUGGCCGUUCACUGUUUAUAGAAAACACUUCUCUGCUGCUGCCAGCUCCACUCUACUCCAUUCAACCCUCCUACAGACCUACCUCUACGCUCCACUCUACUCCAUUCAACCCUCCUACAGACCUACCUCUACGCUCCUCCAGCUCCACUCUACUCCAUUCAACCCUCCUACAGACCUACCUCUACGCUCCUCCAGCUCCACUCUACUCCAUUCAACCCUCCUACAGACCUACCUCUACGCUCCUCCAGCUCCACUCUACUCCAUUCAACCCUCCUACAGACCUACCUCUACGCUCCACUCUACUCCAUUCAACCCUCCUACAGACCUACCUCUACGCUCCUCCAGCUCCACUCUACUCCAUUCAACCCUCCUACAGACCUACCUCUACGCUCCUCCAGCUCCACUCUACUCCAUUCAACCCUCCUACAGACCUACCUCUACGCUCCUCCAGCUCCACUCUACUCCAUUCAACCCUCCUACAGACCUACCUCUACGCUCCUCCAGCUCCACUCUACUCCACCCUUCUCUACCCUCAACUUGACACCCCCCCCAUCUCCAACUCAACUCACCCCUCCUACAGCCCCACCUUGCCAACCCCCCCUCCACCACCCUCCAACAUCAACACCCUGAUGUCUCUUCCUCUCCCUGAAGUGUGUACCUUCAUCCCACCUUGUGGAUUUAAAACGAAUGGACUGGUGUGAGGAAAAUCAUGUCAGAUAUUAUUUUGACAUGGUGAAAACUCAAGUCCAUGAUUAAUCCAAUGCUUUCACAUCCAUGAAGGGGACUGAGUGAGCAGGACAAGUGCACACGGGGGCAUAAGGCCAGUAGGGAAUCCUAACACACACAGCCUAAAAUGAUAUAGUAAGUAAUGGGACGUAAUAGUUUUGUGGUCCCUCUUAAUACACCCACAAACGGCUCUAUAGAGAAGUUUCCAAACGCUGUGAAACCUUGUGUGUUCUGAACACACCCCGGUAGUUCUCACUGUUUCUGUUCUCUGUAGACACCUAAUAAAGGACUGGUGAAGAAGUCUC